AUUGGUUGACACUGAUGACAUCACACACAGACUGAGGAGGGCGAUCAACUUUACUAUGCGUCAAUGCUGAAAUGUUUGCAGAUCGAGUCCAUGAGGAGAUUGACAGGGUGAUCGGUGGCAGACAGCCAGUGGUGGAGGACAGGAAGAGCCUUCCCUACACUGACGCAGUCAUCCACGAGACCCAGAGGAUAGGCAACAUCGUGCCCAUGAGCAUUCCACACAUAACCAGCUGCGAUGUUGACUUCCAAGGAUACUUCAUCAAAAAGGGCACAACUGUAUUCCCUCUUCUCACGUCAGUGUUGAGGGAUGAGUCUGAAUGGUCCAAUCCCUACACGUUCCACCCAGAACACUUUCUGGAUGACCAGGGACGCUUCGUCAAGAGAGACGCCUUCAUGCCCUUCUCAGCAGGUCGCAGGGUGUGUCUGGGAGAGAGUCUGGCCAAAAUGGAACUCUUCAUCUUCUUUGCCUCUCUCCUUCAACGCUUCCGCUUCACUGCGCCCACCUGUGUUUUGUUAUCAGAUAUGAUGAACUGGAACCUCGACUCCAUUGGUUGGGAUUCACACUGA